CGGCAGAUCAAUGGUGGGAGGGGAGGCGGGAGGAAGCCCAGCCUGACGUCAGGAAACUUUCUCGGUGGCUGAGCCGGGAGCUGAGGCUGAGCCGGGCGCUCGCGGAGCCGCUUCUUUCUCUGGGUAUCUCACAAGGGCCGGCCCCGGCUGCCACCCUCCAUCACUGCGCAAGUGCAUUGAAAGCUACAAAGCAGAAACGAUACAAGUUGAAAGAUGUUGACAAAUGAGUGAUAUGCGAUCAAGUGUCUGUUGUGCCCCUGGCCAAGAAAUUUUAAAAUACUAGGGUUGAAGUGCCACAAAACAGAAAACAUAUUUGACUGGCUGAUUCUCAACAUGAACCGUGCUUUCAGCAGAAAGAAAGACAAAACAUGGAUGCACACUCCUGAGGCUUUAUCAAAGCAUUAUAUUCCCUACAAUGCAAAGGUCACAGCCACUGUUCCAUAGCAGGCCAUCACAAUAUUGAGUGUACAACUGUACCUGGAAAGCAAGACUGUGAAAUUCCCGUUUGCUGCAUAUAAAAUAAUGAAUGGUCCAGAAAAGUUUCUUGGCAGUACAGAAGUGGAGCAACCCAAAGGUACAGAAGUUGUGAGAGAUGCUGUUAGAAAACUAAAGUUUGCAAGACAUAUCAAGAAAUCUGAAGGCCAGAAAACUCCGAAAGUUGAAUUACAAAUCUCAAUUUAUGGUGUAAAAAUUCUAGAUCCAAAAACAAAGGAAGUCCAGCACAAUUGCCAGCUUCAUAGGAUAUCAUUCUGUGCUGAUGAUAAAACUGACAAGAGGAUAUUUACCUUCAUAUGCAAAGAUUCUGAGUCAAAUAAACACUUGUGCUAUGUAUUUGACAGUGAAAAGUGUGCUGAAGAGAUAACUUUAACAAUUGGUCAAGCAUUUGACCUGGCUUACAGGAAAUUUCUGGAAUCUGGAGGAAAAGAUGUUGAAACAAGAAAACAGAUUGCUGGGUUACAGAAAAGAAUUCAAGAACUAGAAACUGAAAAUAUAGAACUGAAAAAUAAGGUACAAGAUUUGGAGAACCAGUUAAGAAUAAAUCAAAUACAUACAUCUCCACUGCUGCACAUAAAGUCUGAUAAUGAUCAACAUAUAUUUCAAAGACCCUCCACCUUUUUCUGGUGUAAUAAUGAGGAUUCAACUCCUUGUUUAGAUAUCUCUUCCAUUACACUUACUCCUAUGAGCUCUCCUGACUCCAGACUAUCAUCUGGACUAUUAACACCACCACCUUCAAAAAGUGGUCUUCCAAAGCCAGUCAGUGAAUACAGCAUCCCAAGACCUCGUGCAGGCAGUGUGACACCUAAAUCACCCUCCACUGACAUCUUUGAUAUGGUUCCCUUUUCUCCCAUAUCCCCUCAGUCAUCAACACCUACUCGCAAUGGCACACAGCCUCCUCCAGUACCCAGUAGAUCUGCAGAGAUCAAGAGAGACCUUUUUGGAGCAGAACCAUUUGACCCUUUUAGCUGUGGAGCAGGAGAUUUCCCUCCAGACAUUCAGUCCAAACUAGAUGAGAUGCAGGAGGGGUUCAAAAUGGGACUAACUCUUGAAGGCACAGUAUUUUGUCUGGACCCACUAGACAGCAGAUGCUGAUGUCAUGACCAGAAAUUUGAAAUUCUUAUAUGAUCCUUUAUUUUUAAUUCAGAACAAGUAUUAUAGAUGUUAUUCAUGUGCCAAAAAAUAUAUUUUUAAACAUGGUAACUCUUGUGAAGUUUGCUUCUGUAAAACUCCAACUUAGGUUCCCUGUACAAAUGUAAAAAGUCACACUUGUAUAUGAAAUAUGAAUUAAAUUACACUGUUGUAUUUCUCGCUCUCAUACUUGGACAAACAUUUGCAAUACCUAAGGAGUAUUCACUUUAAGCUGGGAAAGUUCUUUAAUCAACUCAUAGAUACCUCUUUCUGUUAGAAGACAAUAUAAUUUUUGCAUAAUAUUUGAGUGGUGACCUUUUAAAAUUAAUCGUCUCAAGCCACUAUUUAAUUUCAGGUCAAUGGGAUGAUUAUUGUACAAUACAAAAUUUAAAUACCAAUUAAGGAAGUAAAACAUACUGAAAAUUAGUAUGUACAUAAAGGAUAAAUCUGGAUGCCAUGUAAUUAAUUCCAGUUAACUGUACACAAUCACUAUAAUAUAUGAAUAAUGUUAUUGUUAGCCUAUUACAUCUGUAAUAUUUUAAGCCUUUAAUUCACAUUUUAAAAAGUAAAAAUAUCAGAUUAAUUGUCAAUAUGCUAGCUAAUGUUUGAUAAGUGUGUUAGGGAGGUCUAGUAUACAUGUUACAGUUAUUUUGUAAAAUGGACAAACUUAAUGCUAUGCAUUUCUGGUUUGAUGUUUUACAGCUAAGCUAGUUGCACAUAUUAUAUGAUGUUUGUAAUUUGGAAUUCAUUACAUGACAGCUAUAUUUAAUGUUCUGAAAACUAAGACCUUCAUGCUAAAGAACACAUAGUAACCCCACUGCAUUCACUGGGUCUACUCGUGUGUAAAAGUACUCGCAUGCUAACGUGUUUGCGGGGGUGGGGCCUUCAAAUGUUGAGAAACAAUGUAGUGUUACUGUUAAAUGUCACACUGCAGCUCUACAGCUUACAGCAACAACUCAGUGCAAGCUAAUAAUGAAACCUUAAAUACCCAUAAAUAGGUCACAUAACAGAGCUAGAUAUUAAAAAUAUCUUGCAUUGUGAUGAAUAGUCACACACACAAAAUAUUGCUGCUGGGUGUUAGUAUAUUGUUGACUUGACUAUGCGUACUUUUCACUAACCUUUAACAUAAGCAGUAAGUGAACAUAUGAUUUGUGAAUGUUUGCAUUCAGCCAUGAACUUGUUCCUUAAUGUUUAUACUUUGCCAUGAUUUUGUUCAGUGUGUACCAUGCCCAAAUUUUAUGUUAAGGAUAUUCCCUUCCAUCCAUAAAACCCUCAUUAACUCCCCCCUCCCUAUUAACAACACACAUAAGUAGAAAAAGAACUUUCAGGGGAUUUUUAGUAUGGUUGGUUGGGGUCUUCCCCCCACCCC